GGUUCCGAAACUUGUCAGAAAAAGGUGUUCCAAAUUGCUCUUCCCUCCCAGUGCCUCGCUCUCUCUCUCUAAAUUCACAGCGGCGAUCGUAGUUUCUGUGUCUUCUGUCUGCAUAGAAGGAGAGUUUAGGAGAGAGAAAGGUAGAGAAGAUGGACAUUGAUGGACCUCUCGAUUUCGAGUCAGAAGACUUACUUCUCAAAUCCCCUGCUCUCACCACCAAAAAAAGGAAAAAGGUUAUAGGUUUGGAUGAUCUUGUGAAUGAUUACUUGAAGGAGAAUAAAAAACUAGAGAUGAAAUCAAAACGGGCAAAGGCUCAAAAAAACUAUCAUUCGGACGAGGAUGAGGACAAGGAUGAUAGAGAAGCUAAACUGUCUGAAUGUGUUGAAAAAUGCCAAAAAGAGAUGGGACAAAUAAGUGAUGAGGAUGAGAACUCCAUUUGGGGUCUUCAAGUUUUUGGAAAUCAGAAAACUCGACCACCAGCGGUAUUUCAUGAGCUUGGAAGCUGUGGGCUUUUGCAGUCUUUCAUGAACAAUGAGAUCAAUUCACUGGUUGAGCUUGAUGUCGAGAAAGGAGAAGUUUUCCUUGAGAGGUUAUUGGUGAAUGGAUGGCUCUUGAAAUUGGUUUAUACAUGCGGUCAUGUAGAAAAAUCCAUAGCAACAUGGACGUUUGGUUUGAUGUUAUACUCUUCGGAGGAAGUGCUUAGUACAUCUGCUUGUGACUUUUGGACCACUAUUCUCUCACCUACAACUGAGGUUGGUCUACUGCAGAUUAAAAUUGACUGGUUACCAAACUAUUCUGAACUAAAAGGAGCUCUUGAAAUCUAUGGUUUUAUAUUGGAUUCUCCAUCCAAAUUUUCAUCCAACAUGGAAAUUGUCACAGUGGAUUUUGGUUGUGGGGGACCACCUCAAAAUAUAAGAGCUUGGAUCAAGUACGUAGCUUCUUGCUGUCAAGUAAGGAGCACAUAUUCAAUCUUAUCAACUUCAGAAGUAGAGGAGUUGGUGGUUUUGAUUAUUAAUCUUUUCUUAGAUCGACAGCUUGUAGGCCUGUCUGUGAUUUUGUAUGAAUGCAUGCUUUCAGUUAUUAAUUUCUUCACAGACAAUGAAUGGAAUACCAGCUGUGAGACAGUAGCAAAAUCUAUUGCUUGCAGAGUACCUAGGGACAUGAACUGCUUGAGAACUGUGGAAAGCAUUUCAGGAGUUGAUGCACGGAGCAAACACCUCAGACAUGCAGUGGCGUUUCAAAUCCUUGUAGCUUGUUUGGAUAACAAGGUUACUGAUGCAGAAGUGAUCCUAAGAUCACUCAUCUCGAUUAAUGUGAAAGACAAAAGUUGUGAUCUUUUCAAAAUGUACAUUUUCUUGGUUCUUACUGAGAACUGGCUUUUAUCUAACCCCAUGCUAGAAGACAAAUCAGUGAUAUACGAAAUGUGGGGUGUUUAUCUGCGCAACUGCUCUUGUCAGAUCACCAGCACGGAUUUGAGGUCUUAUGCAUCAAAGGUCCGUAGUAAAGCUUCGUAUCUUCUUCAAGGCCAACAACAAAUGAUUGCUUUUAAGGUAGUUUGAACGGGAAGUAGUUCAAAACCUGCAACAUCAGACCUAGUGUGGAACUUCUACUCGAGUCGACUCCUUUUUGUCAAGUUGCAGAAAUGAGACAUGUAAAGUUCAGCUGGUUGAAGUUCUUGUUAAAUGGCAUGUUGUUCAGUCAUUUUUUGUGUUGCAAAUGAUUGUUCUUUGCUGGAUAUGUAUGCCUUAACUCUAGAGAUGAUGUUUAUGCUACUCAUAUGUAUAGUUAGUGAACUUUAUUAAUCCAAUAGUUCUUACCUAGAUUCAUUUC